CGAAGAUUAAUGUUCUGUUUUUCUAAAGUUUAUUUCAUGGAAACAUGUGAUCGCGAAAUGACAACUGAGAUUACAAUGAGAGCACUGUUCCUAAAUAUAGUUUAAUAUCUUAAUUAUCUUCAAAGAUUGCUUGAAAUGUCAAGCUCGUUUUGAGACAGACCUUGCUUUUGUGGGGAGAUUUAUGGAGGAGAGGUUUUUAGUUUUUUGAUGAUGAUUUACUUUUUCUUCUGACAUUUAUGUUUAGAUACACGAACUACAGCUAAUCUGCUGGAUUAAUGAAGAACCAGCCGGCAUUUCACUGCGGUCACUAAGAAACUUGUGGUCUGAUUUACACUUUAAAUAAACGCACAUAAUGCAGUUUUUCGUAAUUUAUCGGCUAGACGUAAAUACUAAAUAGAUUUUUGUGGGGACCAGACCGCGUCCUAACUUGAUUUCCUAACUGCCAUAAGAGGAAGCGAGGGAGUGCGCGUUCACGGAGAAUGGGGUCGCGCGCCUCAAAGGAGCGCGUCUCAAGAGCGGAGGCGCUCCGUGACGUUCAUUCAUUUACCACUCAAAAACAAAACUCACGGUAACAUGAUGCCUUUCAUUCCGUUCAGGAUACAAGAACAUACGGUGUGCAUCCGACUUAAUGUCAAAUGACAGGGAAAAUAAUAGUGGAUUGGGGUGAUGCGGACAAAGAAAGAUAAGAGGCCGCACAAGUCGGAAUGACACAGGGUUUCCCUACAGCGACCUCAUUUGUGCUGCUCUUCCUGAUGGGAUUUGCAAUGGCUGGUAUCCAGCUAUGGCCAUCGAUGCACAUUGCCUUGAGCAAUGCCAGUGUGUUUGUGGAUUACAGCACUGAAAACAACCUCACUGACCACCGACUGACAGUGGAAUUGAUUGACGUGGACAGGAAUGUUACAGUACUUACCAGGAUGCUUCCUUUCCACCAAUCAGAAGGGUCAAUGGAGUUCAACUGCUCCUGUUUUCUUUAUGCUGGUAAUUUCAGAUUCAGACUGGAGCAGAAGCACGUCCUUGGCGUGUCUAACAGGAGUGCCAUCUGGUGGUGGAGUCCGAUUCUACAUGUGCACUGGCCUAACUUUCACUUAGUUGUGGAAAGGGGAAGCAACAACCAGAGCUCCACUGACUUUAGGAUUGGUGUGUACACUAAUGACCAUUUCCAUCCAUGUUCAAGCAGCAAAGCGUCAACUCUGUACCUUGAUGUGAGCUACCUUGAACAAGUCCAGGUAAAAAGAACCACCUUUGAGAAGGUGCAGAAUCAGAUAAGACAUAAUAUUAAAGUAGCCAGGUCUCAACAUCUAGAAAUGCCAUGUGCAUCCCCUCUGACAGAGCGUGGCUUCAUCCAGAUUUCCAUAAAGUCCCCUCAUACCCAACAAGACAUAAAAUCAUCUGGUCCCCUUUACCUGUCCAGCAUCUUUUCCUACAAGCUUGUUGUGGAUAACAGUUACAAAAGAGGUUGUGAAGGAGCAGUUUCUGUCCGUCGAAUUGCUCCUCCCUGUACAGUUGCAAAUGGAAAGAUUCUGCUUUACAAGGAACAAAGUAAAGACUCAUCUUCUCCCUCUCACCUGGCAUUCAACUUCCUCACACAAGGGGAGAAUGAGACUGAAUUUAACUGCUCCAUCUUUGAUGCUGGCAAGAAUAAGUACUGCUUCAAUUUCACUCUGGUCUACAGUCAGGCUGCCAGUUUAGCGCACACCUGUGUGAUUGUGCAAAGACAUACAAAAAUGUGGGGACCGUGGCAGGCAUGGAGUGGUUGUAGUGUGACUUGUGGGGAAGGUGUGCGAGAGCGUGUCCGUGAAUGUCUGCUGCCCUCUAGUGGUGGGAUACAAUGCACUGGCAUGGUUAGGGAGCAGUCACACUGUUCACUAGAAGACUGCACUGAGGAGAUUCCCCCUCCACCAGUCAGCCCUCCACCAGCUGUGAGCACACCUCUAACUAGUAAUCUAGUGGUAGUGUCUGGGAUCGCUCUUUGCCUGGCUGUGAUCCUGGCCACCAUUUUUGUUACAGUGUGGCGAAAACUGUGUCGUGCACCAAAAUGCAGCUCUAUGCGCCGUGGAUCUCUGCACUCUCCUAGCGGCAGAAAGAACUCUGAUCAGGCCUCUAUCUGUGGUCACAGCAUGCAGAGGCCCAGUUUCUCAGAAAGUCUCCAGGCAGCUCCCCUACAGAAGGGAUUUACCUUACCUGCUAAACAGGGACCAUCAAACCGAGGUGUAUUGGCUCAUCAACAGAGCAUGUCCCUUCCUCUUCCCCAUCCACAAGACCCAGAGAGGAUGUCUCCUUCUGGCCAAAAGAUCAUUCCACCCCUUUUUGGCUACCGCUUAGCUCAACAGCAGCUCAAGGAAAUGAAGAAGAAAGGCUUAAAAGAGACUACUCAAGUCUACCAUGUGUCCCAAAGUCCAGUGGAUGACACCAUGCUAGAAGCAACGGCUUCAGCUGGUCUAACUCCUGUGCCCCAAGAAUUUGACAGUCCAGAGGAGUCAAGCAGUAGCCACUUCCGCAUAAGGUCUACCUUUCCAGAACCCACAUGGCAUUCCAAAAACAGUACCUUGUCAGAUAGACAAAAGAUAGACAUGUUACAUAAUCCUUCGAAGUCUGCAUUUAGUGCCAGCUCAUGUCGUCUUGAGCGCACUGCAGACUGGGUUGAGAUGGUAGAGCGCAGCAGAGUACCAUAUUCCAAGAAUACCAAUUUCAGGAGGACUUCAAGCUUCAAUGAGACCAACCAGCAGCCAUUUCUCCCAUCUCGGCCAUACAGAGAAAGAAGCAUGACCCAGGUGACCCCUCGGCAACUGCCUGAGGGCAGCUGUAGAAGCAGACCCUGGGAACAUACGCUUCCUGAACUUGAGGUCUGGUCUUGUUCCAGUCCUAGGAUGACUGAAAGCUCAGUGGACAACAGGAGAAGACCAUGGGUUGACACACCCCCAUCACAGUCAAAUUCAAAAGAUUCAGCUCCAGCGACACCAACAAAAGAGCCCUUGGUGGAUCGUCAUCACGGGGCCCGGAGCCCAUCUUCUGCACUGGACCGUGCUGAAAGAGCAGAGCAGAACUGGAGCAAAAGAGGCCCCUCACCCAUCCAGAGGAACAUACUAGCAAGGAAGCUACGAGAGGCGAAUUCCUCUACCGGCCAAAGGCAACGCAGUUCCACAUUUUCUACCUCAGAGCAGCGUAGGGGACGCUGUCGCAGCCUUCCUCUCUCUGCAGACUACAGCAACUCUCCAUAUAGUCUCACAGAGUCAGAACAACGCAUGAUGGACAUUUCUGGAUACUUGGGUGAAGAUGAUGGCGUAGAGGUUCUGACUAUUCAUAAGCUUACCUGACAAAUCCUGUGUUUCUACUAGUUUCCAACACUUUGACUUUAAAAUGAAAGUCUUAAUGGAAUGAAGCAUUAGUUUUUGAUUACAGAAAGGUGUUUCUAUCAGAUUUGGAAGAUUUUGUAUCAUUAUGUUUUCAUGACUUCAAAUGAACGAUUCAUUGUAUUUCUAUUUAUGAAGGCUUGAUUUGAUUUAAAAAGCCAAUUUGAUCUCAUGCAAACCACCAUCAUGAACAUUAUAUAGUAUAUUUUGGACACAUUUUGAUUUGAUUGUACACUGGAAAAUGUGAAUUCUCAGGUUUUUUUCCAUAACAAACCAAAAUAUACAUAUAUAUACAAAGU